AGAAAACAAGGAGAGCAAGCCAUUUCUGUAGUUUGCCCCUUUCCUUAUCAAAUCCCCCUUUCCCUUUUCCAACGAAUCUCAUUCAUAAUUCAAAAAAUAGGCACCGAAUCUCACAACUGUCACCACUACCAUUUGCAUUAACCCCAGCUCAACCUUCUCCUACAAUAUAAUACAUAUGCCCCAGAUCUAUUUUCCCAAGAAAUGACAUUUCCAAUCAUUAUUUAUGGGAUAUAUAAUGUGUGUUUGUGUAUGUAGAUCUUGAGCUGGAAUUUUGAGAAUUUAGAGUGUCAAAUUGAGGGGAAAAGGGAAGGGGGUAUAUUUUAAAAAGAAAAAUAAAAAGAAUGGUUUUUUGGGAGGGUUAUGUGAGUGAUGAAGUGAUGGGGACAUUUGCCCCAAUAGUGGUGUAUUGGAUAUAUGCAGGGUUUUAUCAGCUAUUGCCUCCCAUGGAUAACUAUCGUCUUCACACAAGGAAAGAGGAAGAUGAGAAGAAUUUAGUUCCACUUGGUGCUGUUGUUAAAGGGGUUCUUCUUCAGCAGCUUGUUCAGGCCACUGUUGCUCAACUGCUAUUCUUGAUAACUUCGAAGGUAACUGCAUCAGGAAAUGUAGUUCAGCCCUCAAUUCCUGUUCAGAUUGUGCAGAUAAUUGUCGCAAUGCUGGUCAUGGACACAUGGCAGUACUUUGUGCAUCGCUACAUGCAUCAGAACAAGUUUUUAUACCGCCAUAUUCACUCCCAGCAUCAUCGGUUAGUUGUGCCUUACGCGAUUGGGGCCCUUUAUAACCAUCCACUUGAAGGUCUCCUCCUGGAUACCUUUGGUGGUGCUCUUUCAUUUCUUGUUGCCGGAAUGACUGCACGUACUGCUGUAAUCUUUUUCUGCUUUGCUGUGGUCAAAACGGUUGAUGAUCAUUGUGGACUCUGGCUGCCUGGUAAUAUCUUCCAUUUGUUUUUCCAAAAUAACACUGCUUACCAUGACAUUCAUCAUCAGCUCCAAGGCACCAAGUUCAAUUAUUCUCAGCCAUUCUUCUCCAUAUGGGACAAACUUCUUGGAACGUACGUGCCAUACAGACUUGUAAAAAGACCUGAGGGUGGUUUCGAGGCACGACUGAUGAAAGAUUAGUUGCAUUUCAAUCAUUAGUCUCUGUAUGAUUCAACAUGCUUUUUGUAGGGAUAGCUACCAAUUGAGGUUGUUCACUCUAGCAGCUGCCUUGGAAGGUCUACAUUCAUCAAGACUUGAAAAUGUGCUGCAGAAAUUAGAAUUGUUCAUUCCUUUCUUUUCAGUUGACCCUGCUUAUUCGUAUUUUUUAUCUAACCUCUUGAUGAUUUGUAAGCCUAUUGUUUCUGAGUUCUUACUUUGUGCAGUAUUACUUGUUUAACUAUUGCAACUUGCUUACACUCUAGCAGGUUGAUGAUUUUGUAUUGCCAUUCAA